AACAGCGCAUUAAAUACUAAAACCAAUGCUGAUCAGAUGUUAAAUUACUACCUGCACAUCCAACGCUGACCUUUGCACAAAUAGAGGUAUUGUUUGUGAAGAUGUUCAUUUCUCAGAACGAUGUUGGAAAAGCGGGACAAAUGCCAUGAAAGAGAUAACAACCGGAAAUAUGGGACAUUUGGUGUCUCAAAGAAAACUGUUGGCGUGGUGCCAAAAUCCAUGGAAGCAAAACUUCAUCCUGUUCACAGUAUGGACGGUAAUUUUGAUACUGUACCUAACAUUCUCUGAUACUGGGAAAUCACUGCUAGAAUCUUGUAGUCUUUACUGGAAAAAAGUGGCACCAGUUGAUUCAAAUUCUACCGCCAUAGCAGUUUUACGUAAUGCUGAUUUAUUCAGCAGCACACAACCAUAUUUUUAUCGGAACAAUGUUUCUGAAACGACCACAAGUUUCAGUUCAACCUCAGGCUUAAGCAUAACUGCAAGCUCAGGCACAUCUUCAAGAUCGAGCCCGACAACAAGCACGAGUCCUCUCCCUACAGGCUCACCAAUAGUGGACGUUUACAAAAGAGCCAAGAUGGUAAAAUCAGCUUGUAACAUCACCGCUUCUCAAAAUGCAGACGUCAAAGCUGUAACAGAACUGCUGCGAAAAAGACUUGUAGUGCCAAUCCAAUUCCUAAUUGAGGAGAAAUACAGGGUUCUUUUCUGUCAAAUUUUCAAGGCCGGGUCUACAAAUGUCAAACGACUGUUCAUUGUAGCUAAUAAACAGAAAGACAGCACCACGGAUUUAGAUUUUAUGUCUGACAAAGCUCACGAAGUUUGGCAUGAAGAAAGAACCCUAUACCAGUACCUCACCCCAACUAUAAAGAAAUUUGAAGAAACCACAAAGCACCUGCUGGAAAAUUACACUAAAGUUCUAUUUGUGCGACACCCCUUUGAACGUCUCGUCUCCUAUUAUCGAAUGAUGUUUCAAUUUUCUUCCUUUGAAGGUGAUGAUGUCAGUGGGAUUUCUUGGUACCUUUUCAAUCGCGUUCGGCGUCUGUAUCAUCGCCCAGAGGUUACACAAGAUCGUUCCAAGAAUCUCACCCAACUGUUCCCUUUCCGGGAUUUUAUUCAGUUUGUCAUUGACCACUCAAAACGUACAAAAGAUGGCACCUGGAAUGUUGAUGGCUAUACUGACACCCACUGGUUGCCUAUAUCAGAACAGUGCUUUCCCUGCCAGGUGCGCUAUGACAUCAUAGGCAAAUUGGAAACCUUCGAUGAAGAUCUUGACCAAGUAGCAAAACAUGUCGGUAUUCGCCAGAAAAUUCUCUAUCCUUCUUCUAUGAAACGAAAAACUUUUGGACACGUCAAAGAGGCCUUUAAAACACUGUCGCUCAAGCAGAUUGCAGAAUUAAAGAGAAUUUACAGCCAAGAUUUUAAACUUUUUAAUUAUGAACAUGAUGAGUGAGGAAUACAAGGGUGCAGUGGAAUGAGAGUAAGAUUAUCUUUUUUGACAAAAGAACAGAAUAUUUAUUAAGCUGUAAAACGUUUUAUGAUAUCCACUUUAAAUUUUUUUCAGCGGUUUGGAUUUUAACGGAAUUAAUGACGGGUACAAUUUUUUAGCAUAAUAUGCUAUUCGAUAAUAUGCUAAAAAAUUGUACCCGUCAUUAAUUCCGUUAAAAUCCAAACCGCUGAAAAAAAUUUAAAAGGCAGGCAUUUAACAGACGCUUCGCGCUGGUGUAUGUCAUACAGCCACUGAGCAUAAAUAUUAAUUGGGCGAUUCGUAUAAUAAAAAUGCGGGUCGCAGACGGCUUCAUGAAAGACGCCAUAAUUAUGUGCUAAUAACACUUUCGUCAUUCCUACAUAUAUUAAGCAUAUAUGUUGAUAAUACUUAAAGCUACGGUAUCUUAGUUCCCAUCUGUCUCGCGCUGGUUGCCAAUGAUGUGGUCUGGUUACCGUUGUUUAAUGAAAAUAUAAUAUCUGAAGUGCA